AUGUCAAUUUUGGCAGCGAAUUCUCCGGUUUUAUACAGAGAAGUGUACCACAACAGAGACCAACAACAACAGUUAUGGAAUGGUGGUGGUGGUGGUGGUGGUGGUAACGGCUCUUUAUUGUUAUUGCAAACAACUUCUUUUGGGCGUUCUUGGUUUGAUGGCAGAAACAAAGACUUCACUAAAAGGAAUUUAAAGAGAGAUUGGAAAAUUGCAGGGUUUUGGCCAGAUACGACUAGGCCAACUUCUGUAGAGAUGGAACCCAUCAAUGAUUCUCAUCAGCUUGAUAAGAUUCUUCUUCAGGCUCGCGAACUUUCCCAGCCCAUUAUCAUUGACUGGAUGGCUUCUUGGUGCCGGAAAUGCAUCUAUUUGAAGCCAAAGUUGGAGAAAUUGGCUGCUGAAUAUGAUACCAGAAUCAAAUUUUAUUGCGUGGAUGUCAACAAGGUGCCUCAGUCUCUGGUGAAGCGUGGAAAUAUAUCUAAAAUGCCUACCAUUCAGCUAUGGAAAGAUGGAGAGAUGAAAGCAGAAGUAAUUGGAGGGCAUAAAGGUUGGCUUGUGAUUGAAGAAGUGAGAGAGAUGAUAAAAAAAUUCGUAUGA